AUGGCCCAGCAUGGCGGCCCUGAGGACAGCACCCAGCCGAGCAUCUUCACCUUUACCAACAACAAUGCCACCCAAGGCCCCUUUGAAGGCCCGAACUACCACAUAGCUCCCCGUUGGGUGUACCACAUCACUAGCGCCUGGAUGGUCUUCGUGGUUAUUGCCUCAGUCUUCACCAAUGGGCUGGUGCUGGCUGCCACUGUGCGCUUCAAGAAGCUGCGCCACCCUCUCAACUGGAUCCUCACAAACCUGGCUGUGGCAGACCUGGCCGAGACCCUCAUUGCCAGCACCAUUAGUGUCUUCAACCAGGUCUCCGGCUACUUCGUGCUUGGCCAUCUGCUGUGCGUGCUCGAGGGUUACACCGUCUCCCUGUGUGGCAUCACAGGCCUCUGGUCCCUGGCCAUCAUUUCCUGGGAGAGGUGGCUGGUGGUGUGCAAGCCCUUUGGCAAUGUCAGGUUCGAUGCCAAGCUAGCCAUUGUGGGCAUUGCCUUCUCCUGGGUCUGGUCUGCUGUCUGGACUGCCCCGCCCAUCUUUGGUUGGAGCAGGUACUGGCCCCACGGCCUGAAGACUUCGUGUGGCCCGGAUGUUUUCAGUGGCAGCUCAUACCCUGGGGUGCAGUCCUACAUGAUCGUCCUCAUGAUCACAUGCUGCAUUAUCCCGCUCAGUGUCAUCUUAUUCUGCUACUUCCAAGUGUGGUUGGCCAUUCGCGCAGUGGCGAAGCAGCAGAAAGGAUCCGAGUCAACUCAGAAGGCUGAGAGGGAGGUGACACGCAUGGUCAUGGUGAUGAUCCUAGCCUACUGUGUAUGCUGGGGGCCAUAUACCAUUUUCGCCUGCUUUGCAGCUGCCCACCCUGGCUAUGCCUUCCACCCUCUGGUGGCCGCCCUGCCAGCCUACUUUGCCAAAAGUGCCACCAUCUACAACCCCAUCAUCUACGUCUUCAUGAACCGGCAGUUCCGGAACUGCAUCUUGCAGCUUUUUGGAAAGAAGGUAGAUGACGGCUCAGAACUCUCCACUGCCUCCAAAACAGAGGCAACAUCUGUCUCCUCCGUGUCACCUGCUUGA